UUGGUAGUCUUCGACGGCCCCGCCGUGAACGUGGGAGAUGUGAAGGUCAUCGUGCCCAUGGUAUUGCCCGAGGCCACAAUGAACGCGAAGAAGGGCCAGAGCUUCCUCGUCGGGGACUGCGAGACCGCCCCAGAGAAUCAGGAGAAUCGCGACGAGGGCAAGCUGGUGAAGAUGUUCACGGCCGCCGCCAAGACAGACCUCGGCCAGGUCUACCGCGAGCUGGUGGGGCAGAAGGCCGUGCGCGAGGCCGACCUUGACAGUGACAGCCGCCCCAACAUGGAACAGUUUCUCGAGCAGGUCCGCGCCGACCUGAAGUUGCAGAGGCCCGGCUCGGUCCACGGCGAGUUGAAGGAGCGGGUGGCCGCGCAUAAGCAGAUCUUGGUCCAAAGCGACCUGAAGCUGCAGACGGUCGCCAUCAAGACAGACAUUGACUCGGUCUACGACAAGUUGAAGGGGCAUCUGGCCGCGCACAAAACAGAUCUUGACAAUGCCAACAGCAUCGCGAAUGUGCAGCUGAGCGGCAAGGCGCCCAUCGAAUAUCUCGAGCUGAUCCUUGAAGAGAUGAUGAUGCAGACGGUCGGCGCCAAGACAGACCGUGACCAGGUCAUCUACCAUUUGAAUGUGCAGAAGGCCGAGCCCACAGCAGAUCUUGACAAUAGCAACUGCUGGGCGAAGGAGUUCAAAGUGAAGCACGGCACCGAGCUCGCCGAGCCCGAGAGCUCCGUGCUGGACACCGUCCACCCGCUGGUCAUUUCCUGCUUCCAAGGCAGGGGGGGCGAG